CCUGUGUCAUACCUCCUCACAGUCACAGCUCGAUUUGAAAGGCCGGGGAGGCCAGUGUAAGAAAUCGCUGCCUGCUGUCAUCGAUUCUAGCUGUUGUCAGGUCCACUAAAGCUUCUCUUAACUAAGACAAGAAAAUCACAUUGCAGAUAUGUUUUUGUCGGCUGCUAUUCGGUCUGCCGUUUCUCGUUCGGCGAGGCAGAUUCGGUACCUGCAUCAGACAGCAGUGCGUUCUGGAGGAGGUGGAGCACUGUUUGUGAUCAAAUGCUGUUAAUCCUUUGGAUUCAUCUCCCCAUGCACCAAUAUCCAGGUGUAAGCAUGUCAGUGUGAAGAUGUUUGUAAAUCUGCAUUACUAUAGACAAGCAUGCACAGAGACACUCCAGAGAACAACCCAGACACCCCAUUUGAAUUUACACCUGAAAACCUAACGAGAAUAGAAGCCAUCUUGUCUAAUUAUCCAGAGGGACAUAAGGCAGGGGCUACAAUCCCAGUGUUAGACCUGGCCCAGAGACAAAAUAAUGGAUGGCUGCCAAUCUCUGCAAUGAACAAGGUAGCUGAAGUACUGGAUAUGCCAUCCAUGAGGGUAUACGAAGUAGCCACAUUUUACACAAUGUUUAAUCGCCAUCCAGUGGGCAAGUACCACAUUCAGGUCUGCACAACCACACCAUGCAUGCUUUGCAACUCUGAUAGCAUCCUGGAAGCCAUCAAAAACAAACUGGGUAUUAAAGUUGGAGAAACAACACCUGACAAACUUUUUACCUUGGUCGAAGUGGAAUGCUUAGGUGCCUGUGUAAAUGCUCCUAUGGUACAAAUCAAUGACAACUAUUAUGAGGAUCUUAAACCUCAGGACAUUGAACAAAUUCUUGAUGAUCUGAAGGCAGGAAAAGUACCAUUACCUGGUCCAAGGAAUGGUCGUUUCUCCUGUGAACCGGCUGGCGGGCUGACUUCCCUGACAGAACCACCCACUGGGCCUGGCUUUGGAGUGCGACCAGACCUUUAACUGUUUUAAAGAUCUAUUUGAGAUGAAUAAUACACCUUUUAAAUGUGGGCUUGGACAUUAAUGGUGUAUCACAUGUCAAUGAAAGACUAAAGUGCAAACGUGCUGUCUGUGUAUAUAUUAAACACUUUUCCCCUAUGA